UUUUCAUGCAAUUCGUUCGCUAAAACCAAACAAACGGCAUAGAUUAGGGGAGUGUGGUUUCUUCUCUCUCGCUAUGGAUCACUUGGAAUCGAUCAAUUCAUCGGAAAAUGCCUACAGAUUGCUCUUCAAGGCGGUCUCGAUGAUUCCGGUUUCGCAUUACGCAUUCGGGAUUUUGUUUCUUCUUGUGAUUUUCUUGUACAAUUUCUUGGAGUUCCAUUUCUUGGAAGACCUUCUCCCUGGAUUUCGAGGCAGCCCGGUGAAACUGACGUACAAUUCUUGCUCCCAGAUUUAUCAAGGCGUCGCCUCCAAGUGUCGAAUUCUUCAUGGCAGGUAUUUGACGACUCCGUGGCUCUCGAGUCCUCAUAUUCAAACUGCUUUCUUGCACUUCUGUGGGAGGCCUCCUGCUGUAAGCUACAGAAGACAGUUAUUCCAUGCAGCUGAUGGUGGAACUAUUGCUUUGGAUUGGCUAAUGAGUUCUGCUGUUUCAAAAGAUGCCAUAUACAAGAAUAUUUCAAUUUCUAAAGAUGACACAUCUCCUAUUAUGGUUGUGAUACCUGGCUUAACAAGUGAUUCUGCCUGUGCUUAUAUAAAACAUCUUGUUUUCAAUGUUGCAAAAUGUGGAUGGAAUGUUGUUGUUAGCAACCAUAGAGGACUGGGAGGCAUUUCUAUCACUUCUGAUUGCUUUUAUAAUGCUGGAUGGACUGAGGAUACAAGGGAAGUAAUCCAUUUUCUUCACCAUGAAUAUCCUAAGGCUCCAAUAUUUGCUGUUGGAACUAGUAUUGGUGCCAACAUUCUGGUUAAAUACCUUGGGGAGGAUGGGGAGAAUGUUCCUGUGGCUGGAGCUGCUGCUAUCUGCUCACCCUGGGACCUACUGAUCGGCGACAGGUUCAUAUCUCGCAGGCUUAUACAGAAGUUAUAUGACAGGGCUGUUACCAUUGGCCUUCAAGGUUAUGCCGAAUUACAUCAACCUCGCUAUUCUCGUCUUGCUAAUUGGGAAGGCAUUAAAAAGUCUCGUUCUAUUCGAGAUUUCGACAACCAUGCCACCUGCCUUGUUGGGAAGUUUGAGACUGUGGAUACAUACUACAGACGGUGUAGCAGCUCUAGUUUUAUAGGAAAUGUAUCGGUACCGCUACUCUGUAUCAGUGCCUUGGAUGACCCACUCUGUACAAAGGAGGCCAUUCCUUGGGAUGAGUGCAGGGCAAACAAAAAUAUUGUCUUGACUACAACACAGCAUGGUGGACAUCUGGCAUUUUUUGAAGGAAUAACAGCAUCUGGUCUCUGGUGGGUAAGGGCAGUUUCUGAAUUCCUCAGCCUCCUCCAUCGUAGUCCAUAUAUGCAUACAUAUAAGAAGUCGGCAAAUCCUGGACCACAUUCUUCAUUAGAAUCUUCUAUCGAUCAGGGGCCAUAUCUAAAUGUUGCAGACGGAAUGGUGGCUGCAAUGAGCAAUGAUCUAAUCGCUAGCAAUGCGGUGCAAGACUUACCUAAACAACAGCAGAAGAGCCAUGACAAGUCAACUGAUGAAGGCAUUUUAGAUUCAGAACGAGAGGAGCUCGUUACUGAAGUGAAGCCUUCUGGGAAAACCAGUGAGGCUGAGACCUCCGAACCAGCAGCAGAAACCAACAAGUCCAAUCCAAUUAGGAGAUGCAUAAAUCAACUGUGUCGGCAAAACAGAACAUCGAUGUGGCUGCUUGCUUAUAUUGCUAUCUUAUCGACUUGGCCAUUGGUUGGAGCAGCUUUUCGAUUUGUUUUCAAGAAGAGACCCAGGAGAGGCGUCUCACCUUCUAAGUUAAUUAGAUCUUAGAUCCCCAUGCUGUUAAAUCUACAUCCUUACUUCAGGAAUCUGACUUAGACAUUUGAUUUUUUUUUCUUCACUGCUUCCAUUACGUCUUAGUUCUGAACAAUUGUUUCUAGUUUGAAGCAUAGAGCCAACAAAGGAGACCUAUGAAAAUUUAUUUAGCUUUAGCAAGAUAUUAACUGCUAAUCUUCUUCAUCAUGAAGCAUAUGAAAACAUUUGUUUGA